CAUAUAAUAGACAGACACCCGCCAGAUGUACUUGAACUUACAUUACAUCGUACUGUUUUAAUCUCAAAUGCAACCGGACUUUGAAAAUGACUCCUGCCAUCCACUCCAUCCUCCUUCUGCUGAGCGUGCAGUAUGCUGUUAUAGCUCAGACCGUGACACCAUUUUCGACGCAUGACUGCAGCAACCAAAUCGUCUAUACCGGCUCUAUCUCAUGCGACAACGACGUGACCGCUUGUUGCGGCGCGCCUGGAGUGUGCUGUGCAGGCGGCUGUUGUCCUUUCGACGCACUCUGCGUGUUCCAAGGGACUGAAAAUGAAGCCUGCUGCCCUAUAUCAGAUAGCACAGCUUGUGGUGCUGCUGCACCUCCUUCCACUGAUCCUAAAGCUUGCCCCGAGCCCUUCGCACCUAAGAUUCCCUGCUCAGGUGUCGACACCAGCUGGCCUUGUGAUGCAGGCUGUACCUGUGCUGUCAACAUAGCCGGCGGCUGCAACUGCCUCGCCAAUACUGGGUGUGUGCCGUCGAACUCUUCGUCUUCUUCGACACUGCCUGAUACACCGACGAGCUCCUCUGUAGAGCCAGAGGCGGCUGCAUCUUCUACUUCUUCUGAAGUAGAUGAGGAUACUCCGACUGGUAGCUCAGAAGCGCAAAGUACAACGACUUCGGAGGCAGUGACGAGCAGGUCCAGUGCUGUUCUGACUUCAAUUGUGGCUUCGAGCGGACCAGCUGCAGCUACUACAACAAGUCCAGGCAACGGAGCCAGUAGAAUAAAUGGUUUGGAGAGCUUAUGCAAUAUAUUUGGGCCUCUGGUGGCUAUUUUCGCUUUGGUUUGAGGGCAAUGUUCUUUACGUGCAGUGAAGAACGAAUAGGCUCUUCUUUAGUAUGGAUCGAUAGUGCUCUGAAUCAUAUUCUUAUUUAGAGAAUAUUUAGCGAAGGAAAUAAAUA